UAAGGUGAAACACUUUUACACACACCUGAUUACUCUUUCGGCAACCAUGUUUAAAACAUAUUUCUGUUUUAUAAUAAUUUCAUCAUUUAGUUACAGUGAGUGUGCAAGAAUUCUUGGCGCCGUUUUCACCCCAUCAUACAGUCACCAAGUGGCGUUUCAACCAAUAUGGAGAGAACUUUCCCUGCGCGGCCACCAGUUAACUGUCUUGACCACGAAUCCGCUAAACGACUCAAGCUUGAAAAACCUGACCGAAAUCGACCUCAGCAUGUCCUACGACACAAUGAGAGCGUACAAAGCCGAUGAGAUUUUGUCCUCAAACAACGACAGUGUGGCCGUACGUAUAAAAAAAUACAUGGAAGCGUUGCACGUUAUCGCAGAUAAGCAAUUAGCACAUCCAAAAGUGCAAGAUUUGCUGCAUAAUAAGCGAAACGAUUUCGAUUUAUUGAUGGUGGAGGCGAUCUACCCCACACAGAUGGCGUUUUCCUGGUGGUUUAAUAUCCCGUUUAUUGGAUUAAUUUCCCUGGAUGCGCCUUCCCGGAUUCAUGCGGCUGUGGGUAAUCCAGUGCAUCCAGUUUUGUACCCGGAUUAUGAUCUGCCGUUUGAUAAAAACUUGACUUUUGGGGAAAGAGUGAUCAGUACUUUGUUUCACUGCGCUAUGUUGCUCUACACGAAAUUUCGACUGCAUGCAAGGGAGGAAAGAACGCUAAGGAAGUAUUUUGGUGAAGAUGUACCGCCGAUUAAUGAAAUACAGAAAAAUAUGAGCAUGUUGUUUAUCAAUGCCAAUCCUAUUUUUCACAAUAUCAGGCCUUUGGUGCCAGCUACCAUCCAAAUUGGGGGUGGUAUUCACUUGCAUGAACCAAAGCCUCUCCCAAAAGACAUUCAAGAAUACCUAGACAACUCCAGCGACGGAUUUAUCUACUUUAGCCUUGGCACAAACGUAAAAAGCGCAGCCCUUCCACCACAAAUCAAAGACGCAAUUCUCCAAACUUUUGCCGAACUCCCCUACAACAUCCUCUGGAAAUUUGAAGACGAACACAUCCCCAACAAACCCAAAAACGUGAAAAUUGUAAAGUGGCUGCCGCAAACCGCUGUUUUAGCACACAAAAAUAUCAAGGCGUUUAUUAUGCAGUGUGGACUGCAAUCGAUGGAAGAGGCGAUUGUCUACAACGUUCCGAUGAUCGGCUUACCUUUUUACGGGGACCAAGGAAACAAUGCGAAAGUUCUAGAGAGCAAAGGUCUCGGUAUCAGACUGAAUACGGAGAAGUUGGAAAAAAACACGUUUUUGAAUGCGAUUUUGACAGUUAUUUCGGAUCCAAAGUAUAAAGACAAUUUGAAAGAACUUGCCGCGCUUUACAGCGACCAUCCAAUGUCAGGUCUAGAAAAAGCAAUCUGGUGGACCGAAUAUGUAAUUAGACACAAAGGCGCCAAACACUUGAGAUCUCACAUUAUUGACGUACCGAUGUAUCAGUAUUUACUCCUCGAUGUUAUCGCUUUCAUAGCAGCAGUUUUAACUGCGAUAAUUUUCGUUAUAACAAUCACACUUAAAUUCAUUUUCAGGAAGGUUUUUAGAAGGAAUUCCAAAAUUAAAAAAGAGUAGUAACACAUUUUUUUUAUUUCGUCGAAAUAAAUUGUAUUUUCUUAUUCAGCCUGUUUGUGAUGAACGCUGGGUAAUAUAAAUUCAGGAUGGCUUUGGCUUCUUUAAUCAUAUAUUCGACGUUUUGUAGAAAAUCCCUAAAAUAAAAAAAUCACAAUUCCUA